AUGGUGGUCCGCUGGCUGGCUAUAUGCGUUCUUCUGUCGGCUCUACACAUCAACUUAUGUUCUGGUCAAACGAUAAACGACACCACCACACUUUUAUCAGAUUUGUUACAAGGUUACAGCUUGUCUGUCCGUCCCGCUGCGAACCAAAGCCAACCAGUCGAGGUAAAAGCGACCUUCUUUUUGGUCUCCAUUGAAGACUUUGAAGAAACAAAAGAAAAACUGUCCAUACUAAUGGUCAUAACCUUUGUGUGGACAGAUAAGAGGAUGACGUGGAAUCCCGCUGAUUACGGAGGUUUGAAUGACAUCACUAUACCGUCAGACAUGGUUUGGAAACCAAUGAUAAUUCUAACGAGCGCCGUCGGAGAAAUUGUGCCGAUAGGGAUAGAUGCCAGUUGGUUGCCCGUCAGGUUUCAUUUCAGCGGGGUUGCAGCAUGGUCACCAGGAGAAAGUAUCAGCUCGAACUGCCCAAUGAACGUGAAGUAUUUUCCUUUUGAUACACAGGUUUGUGAAUUUAUGUUCAUACCCUGGGGCUUUAAACCGAACGAGGUAGUAAUGCGGAAGCAAAAUGACGUCGUGCAAAAUGACUUAUUCUCGGAAAACGGGCAGUGGGAAUUCUUAGAGUCGGAGAUAAUAACGGACACUCAACCUGGUUAUUCGUCCAUAACAGCGCAUAUUCGACUUCAGCGCAGAUCAGCGUUUUUUCUCGUCAAUUUUGUGUUCCCUGUUGUUUUUAUUACGCUGUUAAAUCUGCUGGUGUUUUGCCUUCCCGUCGAAAGCGGAGAGAGAAUGACGUUUACAGUCACAGUUCUGCUAGCAGUGGCCGUGUUUAUGACCAUUGUAGCAGCCAAUCUCCCAAAAAAUUCCAAAGACUCUGCACUCAUUGGCUAUUUUUUCCUACUAAAUAUGGCGCAAGAUGCACUUAUUGUGAUCGAAACCGCAAUCAGCAUUAUUGCAUUCUACAAAACUGGAGAAGUUCCCAGACCAUUGGUAAAGGUUGUCAAUUUUCUUUCAAGGCGAUCACAAAACAAUGUUUCUCCUGAACCAAAUGUUCCAGACGACAAGAGUUCCCUUUCUCUUUCCGUUGUAGAGAAAACGAACCUGGAAAACAGCGUUGCAUUCAAUUAUCAAUUAAUCGAUGACGACAAAGCAGUGAACAGCAUAAACCAUGGUCAAGAGCCGACUGUAACUUGGUUUAUGGUCAGUAAGACAAUUGACAAAUUUGCAUUUUGGUCGAAUGUGGUUUGUUUUAGCUUUUCUAUAACAGCUUAUUUUGCCAUGUCUGUUGUCGGGGCUAAUUAG